AUGGACACACACAAUAAUAUGACUUUAUCUUAUUCAGCACCAAAAUCUGUUUGUUAUAAAGGUAUUUGUCAACAUGUUAUGAGAAACGAUAACGAGGAAGCAUGCUAUGGUCAUCAGUAUUGCCAGUGUCCUCAUUGUUCAUUGUGGUUGUGUCUGGAACACUUGAAUCAACAUCAGCAAGAAGAUAUCCAAAACAGAUUUCAUGCAAUGAAUGAUCGUUUGAACCAAAUCCAACAAAACAUUGAAAUAUUAACAAUAGAACCAUUGCGUGUAAAAUGUUAUAACAUAUUAGAUAAAUGGAAGCAAAAACAAAUAGAAUCAAUCAACGAAUUUCACCGUUUGAAAUUAAACGAAUUUGACAUGAUUUACGCACAAGUGGCAAGCGAAUUACAGAAUAUGAAAGAAAAACGAUCAGAUGAAUUGAAAAAAUACCUCCCAACAUUGACAACAAAACAAAAAUCCGUUCACCCACAUGAGUUAGAAUUACUCGACACAAAAUUAAAUGAAAUUCAACAAGAAAUCGAUACAUUCUCAAGAGAAACUUUAAUCGAUAUCCUCCAUGAUCAAAUAAAAUCGGAUGAUACAAUUAAAAUAACAAAAGAAAAGACAGAAUUUGAGAAGCAUCAUCCGUUAUUAUUUAGUGUGGAUUAUUUGAACAAAAUGCAGUUAAUUAGACAAAUUCAUUUGAAGAAAGACGCGCGCAGUAUUGCUUCAUCAGCUGAGCAUAUUUUGAUACGACAAUCACGGCCGGCAAAACUUGUUUUAUAUGAUCGUGAAAAGCUGUUGAAAGAUUUUAUAAUCGACAUAACGCUUGACGGUGCUGUUGAAGAUUUAUGCUGGUCAUCAUAUUUAUUUGCAUUUCUUGUUCUUCACUCUAAAGCAUUAUUUUCGCUAAGUCCGGAAACCUUAAAACUGAUUAGAAUACACGAAGUCAAAGCGGACGAAGGACACUUUUGGUCAUUAACAACGAAUGAUACUGACGUCUUUAUUAGUACGAACAGAGGUUUUCUGAUUCAACGUUUCUCGUUACCAUCAUGGAGAUUAAUUAAACAAUGGAAUAGAGAAGAUAUAUUAGAUCCAAAAGAUGCUAGUGUUAAUUGUAUUAGAAGCAAUGAAUCUAGUCUAAUUGCAGCAAUCAUUAGUAAAGAUGGCACUUGGCAUUGUGAUACGUUUGAUUUCAAUAUGAAGCAAAUGCGUCGUGGCUCAGCUUUGGAUGAAGCAAACGCUACACACGAUUGCAACUCAGAGUUGUUCUCACUUAGCAAUAAUAAUCAGUGGUUAUUUUUGAAUCGACAUAAGGAUUCAAUGUGGUUGAUCACUAAUGAUACAGAUGAAAAGUGUGAUAAAGAACAGUGCUUAGCAGGGUGUAUAAUGGGUGAUAAAUAUCUGGUUCUAAGUAAUCAUAGUCCACCUCGACUAGAAAUAUUUCAACUUUAA